GCGGAGCAGAAAGUGAAAGUACCUGCGGCCGGCGGAGCCCCAUGGGAAAGGCAAAGCCCGGCCGUCCCGCCGCCGCCUCUGACAGCGCCGCGACCCCGCUCGGCGGGCGGGCGGCCGGGGGCUGCUGAGCCCCGCCCGGCCGCCGCGGCCCCUCUCGGCCCCUGCGCGGCGCUCCGCGGGCUGCGGGCGUCAUGGGCGACACGGUGCCGCCACCAUGACCGCGGAGCCGUCGGCGCAGCUCCCUGACAUCCUCCCCGCGGACCAUGUUCCAUGCCUUUUUUAGAUCUACUCUUCCAGUUCUGCCACUGCUCCUUGUUCUGUCUCCAGUGAAUUCAUCUAGUUGCGCAAUGGAAAAUAAAACAACUGAAAUCCAUGUGAAGUAUGAGAACAUACUAAUUCACGACAUCAAUGAGCUGGUAAAUAUAUCUGCUCAGAAUCGUGACAGGUGCUGCAGGAACAAAAACCACAAAAAUAUCAAAGUGUUUUUCUGCAAUGAUACUCAGGAAAUAGAAUCACUACAGAGCAUGGCAUGCAACAUGCUCAGAUUCUUUCAUAAGCAAAGAAUCAGCAAAGCCUUUAGAUGGAAAGCAGCAUUCGUCUCAUGUGGGACAUUACAGGUUCUGAAGUGCAAAUGUGAAGGACACAGAAAAGAAAAAGUUUGUCCACAUGUAAAUGUAUUUGGUAAAGAAGAUACAGAGACAGGUGAACAGUCCAGAAAGAAAUGUAACCAAGAAGUUUGUGAACUGAAAGAAAAUAUAUCUAGCCUUAGAUCCUGCUGGAAUAAAUUUGAAAAAAUAAUUUCCAGGUGAUUCCAGGUGAAUCCUGUUCUUUUCUUUUGAAGUGGCAUUACUUGGUACCUUUGCAUUUUAUAUGCAUUCUUCAAGUAACCUUGCUCGCUUAUAUAAACACUUUAUGCCAGAAUUCUGAUGGAAAGCUACUGUACCUUGUUCCUGGAGAUGGAAUAAGCAGAAAUGACUGAACAAGCUGCUGAAGUCCAAGAAGUGGAAAUAAAAGACCAGCAUGUGAAACAAAGAACUCUACAGAAGGCUGUGUCCCACCUUUGUGCUCUGGAAACUACUUUGAAUAUUCUGAUUUUUCAAGUAACUUUAUAAUACCAUCACAUGAAAGCAAUCUAUUUACAUGUCUACUGCAAUUUAUAAAAUCAUCUUAGAAGCUGCAGGUGAAGAAAACAGUAUGGAAAAGUAGCUGGUUUCCUUAUACCUAUGUAAAACUCAUCAAGAUCCAAAAGUAACAAUCUAUCAAAGCAGCAGCUAAUCUUGUGUAUGUUCUGCUGACAUAGAAGUGUUUUCAGUGUAGGUCAAAUGGUCUGCUAACUGAUUUGGGUUUGGAAAGAGCAGGGAAGAAGUCAACUUUUUGAAAAACUUAGAAAGGGUACUGAUUUCUGAGAGAUGUAGCAUGCUUCUGCUCUCUGAAGUAGAGGCAAGACAGCAAGUCCUAUGGAAGGCAAAAAAGGAGAGGCUUGAAUGUAAGUUUGUUCAGCUGACUAGCAGCACUAGUCCUGUGAAUUUGGUUAACCCAUAGUUAGCUGCAGGAGGAGCUAGAAUUUCUUAGCUUCGGAUUGUGAUUUGUUAUAUGCAAUUAUUUUAUAUAACGUGUUUUAAGAUGUUAGACAACCAUGAAUUAAAAUGUGUGAAUAUUGUCAGAGAAUAAUAUAUUGGCAUUUAACUAAUAAAGUGUUCAUAUUUAAUUUUUGGAUAAA